AUGGGCGGUAGAGAACAAUAUACGGACUACAAGAUUGUCUGUCGCACCAACAUCCCUGCUUUCAAGAAAAGGGAAAGUGCCGUGCGGCGUCGGUAUAGCGACUUUGUCGCAUUUCGGAAGAUGUUGGAACAGGAACUGAACCGGGUGGUGAUCCCGCCUCUUCCCGGAAAGAUUCUUCUCAGUCUGAACAAAUUUAACGACUUGAAUAUCGAGAGCCGGCGCCAGGGGCUCGAGAAGUUCUUGACCAUUGUGAGCGGCCAUCCAUUGUUGCAAACAGGACUGCCUACGUUGGUGGACUUUAUUCAGAACGAGCGGUGGGAGCCCAGAAACACAUACUACUGA